AAGUCUCACCCCUUAUUGCUUAGAAAGAUUUAAGAUAGCUUGCUAAAAAUGAAAGGUGUCCAUGUCUUUGUAGCAUUUCUCCUCUUGGCUUCGUCCAUCUCCUUUGCCUCUGCUUAUGACCCUAGUCCCCUGCAGGACUUCUGUGUAGCCAUCAAUGACACCAAGAAUGGUGUGUUUGUGAAUGGAAAGUUCUGUAAGGACCCAAAGCUUGUCAUCGCAGACGACUUCUUCUUGUCUGGGUUUGACAAGCCAGGAGACACAUCCAAUGCAGUUGGAUCAAAGGUCACUCCAGCAUUUGUUGACCAACUUCUAGGACUUAACACUCUUGGUGUGUCCCUAGUUCGCAUUGACUUUGCACCACAUGGUGGCCUUAACCCACCCCACACUCAUCCUCGUGGAACUGAGAUUCUAGUUGUCCAGGAAGGCACGCUAUAUGUUGGCUUCGUCUCAUCCAACCAGGAUGAUAACCGUCUCUUCACCAAAGUCUUGAACAAGGGAGACAUUUUUGUUUUCCCUAUUGGUAUGAUUCACUUCCAACUCAAUAUAGGAGAAACUCCUGCUGUUGCUUUUUCUGGUUUGAGCAGCCAAAAUCCAGGCACGAUCACAAUUGCAACUUCUGUGUUUGGAUCAAAACCACCGAUUAAUCCUGAUGUUCUUACCAAGGCCUUCAUGCUGGACAAGGAUGUGGUGAAGUACCUCCAGUCCCGUUUCUGGACGAACAAUUAGAGAAAUACUCAAAAGCCACAAGAAUUUAAUAUAACAGCCGGUCUGGAAAAUGUUUACGCUUUACCCUCUGGCAGGGUAAACAAUAUUAUCCAAAUAAAAAUAUAAUAAAAUUUAUACCUUUGCACUUGUCUGUUUUUAUAUGGUUGUUGGUUUUAGUCAUCAACUUUGAUCUUUAUGAGUGUCUAUGUUGAAUAUUUUGGAUAAAUUAUAAUAAAGUCUGUGCUUUUGC